CGGCGGGCGGCGGGCGGGCGGCAGUCGGCGCUGAGGCGCGGUGCGGUGCGGGUCGCUCCUCGGGCUCCUGCCGCGGCCGCCGGAGCCGCGCCGCCGCCCUCCUCCUUCCCUCCCCUAUGGAAGAGAUGGAAGAGGAGCUGAAAUGCCCGGUGUGCGGCUCCUUUUACCGGGAGCCCAUCAUCCUGCCCUGCUCGCACAACCUGUGCCAGGCGUGCGCCCGCAACAUCCUGGUGCAGACGCCCGACUCGGAGUCUCCGCAGAGCCGCCGCGCCUCGGGCUCGGCCGUCUCCGACUAUGACUACCUGGACCUGGACAAGAUGAGCCUGUACAGCGAGGCGGACAGCGGCUACGGCUCCUACGGGGGCUUCGCCAGCGCUCCCACCACGCCGUGCCAGAAGUCCCCGAACGGGGUCCGCGUGUUCCCGCCGGCCGCGCCGCCUCCUCCCGCCGCGCUGGCGCCGCCGCCGCCGCCGCGCAACGCGUGCCUGACGUGCCCGCAGUGCCACCGCAGCCUGGUGCUGGACGAGCGCGGGCUGCGGGGCUUCCCCCGCAACCGCCUGCUCGAGGGCGUCAUCGACCGCUACCAGCAGGGCAGGGCGGCGGCCCUGCGCUGCCAGCUCUGCGAGAAGGCGCCCAAGGAGGCGGCCGUGAUGUGCGAGCAGUGCGACGUGUUCUACUGCGACCCGUGCCGCCUGCGGUGCCACCCGCCGCGGGGACCGCUGGCCAAGCACCGCCUGGUGCCGCCGGCCCAGGGCCGCGUCAGCCGCCGGCUCAGCCCCCGCAAGAUCUCCACCUGCACCGACCACGAGCUGGAGAACCACAGCAUGUACUGCGUGCAGUGCAAGAGCCCCGUGUGCUACCAGUGCCUGGAGGAGGGCAAGCACUCCAGCCACGAGGUCAAGGCGCUGGGAGCCAUGUGGAAGCUCCACAAGAGCCAGCUCUCCCAAGCCCUGAACGGAUUGUCCGACAGAGCCAAGGAGGCAAAGGAAUUCCUGGUCCAGCUCCGCAACAUGGUGCAGCAAAUCCAGGAGAACAGCGUGGAGUUCGAGGCCUGCCUGGUGGCCCAGUGUGACGCCCUCAUCGAUGCCCUCAACAGAAGGAAAGCCCAGCUGCUGUCCCGGGUCAACAAGGAGCAUGAGCACAAACUGAAGGUGGUGCGGGACCAGAUCUCUCACUGCACGGUGAAGCUGCGCCAGACCACGGGGCUGAUGGAAUAUUGCCUGGAGGUCAUCAAGGAGAACGACCCCAGCGGCUUCCUGCAGAUCUCAGAUGCUCUCAUCAGGAGGGUGCACAUGACCGAGGAUCAGUGGGGGAAGGGGACGCUCACCCCCCGCAUGACCACGGACUUCGACCUGAACCUGGACAAUGCCCCUCUGCUGCAGUCCAUCCACCAGCUGGACUUCGUGCAGAUGAAAGUCUCCUCCCCAGUGCCGGCGCCGCCGAUCCUGCAGCUGGAGGAGUGCUGCACCCACAACAACAGCGCCACCCUGUCCUGGAAGCAGCCCCCUCUGUCCACGGUGCAGGUGGAAGGGUACAUCCUGGAGCUGGACGAUGGCAACGGUGGCCAGUUCAGGGAGGUGUACGUGGGCAAGGAGACCAUGUGCACGGUGGAUGGGCUGCACUUCAACAGCACCUACAGCGCUCGAGUCAAGGCCUUCAACAAGUCAGGAGUCAGCCCCUACAGCAAGACCCUGGUGCUGCAGACCUCUGAGGACACGCAGUCAGAAGAACAGACCCUCCCUUUUCCAGUGCCUUUGGAAAGAUCGCAGCUUCGUAGAAUGAGUCCUUUCUCCUCCACCCUUAAUCUGCAACCCAGCUUCUCGGGGAGAUCCUACUUUGAGCUAAGAUCUUCGGCCCACCAGCUGAGCUUGCAUUCUUCCUUACAGUCCCUGAAUUCAGCCGGAUGCAAUUUUGACACACAAGGAUCGCCUUACUCCCAAUUAGUUGACAUUAAAAAAAUGGUGGCAGUUGCUUGGUUUUCUUUCGACCCCUCCUCUGCCCACGCUGACAUCAUCUUUUCCAACGACAACCUGACUGUCACCUGCAACAGCUACGAUGACAGGGUGGUGCUGGGGAAAACGGGCUUUUCCAAAGGGCUCCACUACUGGGAGCUGUCCAUCGAUCGCUACGACAACCACCCCGACCCGGCCUUCGGCGUGGCUCGCAUCGACGUGCUCAAGGAUGCCAUGCUGGGCAAGGACGACAAGGCCUGGGCCAUGUACGUGGACAACAACCGCAGCUGGUUCAUGCACAACAACUCCCACACCAACAGAACCGAGGGCGGGAUCACGAAAGGCGCCACGGUGGGAGUGCUGCUGGAUUUGACCAGGAGGACUCUGACCUUCUCCAUCAACGAGGACCAGCAAGGGCCUGUGGCCUUUGAGAACCUGGAGGGCCUCUUCUUCCCCGCCGUCAGCCUCAACAGGAACGUGCAGGUGACGCUGCACACCGGGCUGCCGGUGCCCGAGUUCUACGCUUCGCGCUCGGCCAUGCCCUGAGGAUGCUCCCGGAGCCGGCUGCCUCUUCUCGGGACGAGAGGAGCCAGCCCGUUCCUCCUGCAGGACAAGGCCAGCCUGCCAGCUGCGGGUCCCUGCCCAGCUGCGGGUCCCUGCCCAGCUGCGGGUCCCUGCUCGGCCUCUGGCCGGAGAUGGGGAAGCAAUCGGGAAGGAAGAUCCUGGCUUUCGGCCGCCUCCGCUCUCCGGCCUCCGCGCUGUCCCGUGUGUGUGCGCUUCGCUCCUUAGCUCUCCUUGGCUGAUGAAGUACCUAGGUAGCCUGAGCUGUUCUCCUGUGUCUGCUUUUAGGUUUGGUUUUCCUAAUUUGAGUUGGGGUUUUGGGGGAGGGGGGCAGUUCUGUCUCGCUUACCUCUCCCGUGGGGCCAGCCCGAGGGACCCCACCACGGGAACGCUUCCGCCCGCGCCAGCCCGGUUACUUUGCAGGAUUCUUUCUUUCCCCUGUGGCCUUUCUUGCAGAGCACCCUCGGUCAUGUGUAGAGGUGGGUCCUGGAUUACCAGUCAGUCUCCAUGUCCUUACCAAAACACCCCACUCUGUCCUGUGUCCCCCUGGGGCGUCUCUGCGGGGCAGGGGGUGGCCGUCCUGUCCCCAGGUGCUCCGGGUGCCGGCAGGCCCUUGGUCGGGUGCUGAAUGCCCAUGGGGGGCUCUCCAGGGGCCCCCCACACCUCGGUGCCAGCACGUGCGCCGCAGCCAUAGACCGGAGAGCCCUCGCCCGGCUCUUCGGAGAUUAGUGUUUAUUUUUUUAUAGUUGCCAUAUAAAGCCUAGCCUUAAAUUCAACUGAUAGUGUCCUUCCAAUCACCGGAGAACUCAUUCUGCAGUGAGGGUCUGACGGAGAGCCCGGGGGUGGGGAUGGGAUGGGGAGGGAGGAGAGCUGGCCACGGCCCUGCCACGCACUCAGGAACGCGCGCUGCUGCCGGCAGCAGUUCCCGUCGGCCGCCAUGCCCUGCUUGACUUUCUGGUAAUCCAGAGGCAGGAGAGGAACGGUGCCAGCCCCGUGGCCGAGCCGAGAGCGCCUGCAUGCGCUGUCCCCUCGCUUCGCUUUGCGGUCCCCGCGGAGCCGGGACGGGCAGCGGGAUCGCUCCCAGCCCGGCCGGAGCGGAAAGAGAAGUGUAAAUAGCCCAUUCCCAACCAGCCCAGUGCCCUCCUCUAGGACAGUCCCGUUCAUUCCCUUGUUGCUCUAGCAUUAGGGUUUCCUAAUUUAUUGGAUGGGUGCUAUCUCGUUGACUCCCGCCGAGGAGUUCCUCCCAGCUGCCGGAGAGCCGUGUUGCGGGACAACGCCGGGCAGCUCCUGGGUGGAUUCCUGAGGAGCCCCCGUGGCCGGCUCACCCGGGGCUCCUCUCUCUCAGCCGUCAUCCCCCGUUCUUUAGGGUGUUCAUGGUGCUUCUUAGAGUCCCAGUGAUUGUAAGACGUCGUCCCCCCGUUGCGCGAUGGUAGCUGCACACAGCCGCUGUACUGACGAGAAGUGUCACGUUUGCCGUUCUAAUAAAGGACUUUUACCAGAGAA